CUGCCUUUCCCCUCCCGUCGGGCUCGUUUCCGCCUCUCUUGCCGCGCUCCCAGGUUUCAAGUCUGGCGAGCCUUCUUCGAAACGGGCCGGUCUACGCUUAGCAAGAGCAGUUCGAAGUGUUCUUGGUUUGCUGGGUAGAUGCGACCAGCGCAAGCAAACAACAGAGAAAAACACAUGCCUCGACUGGUUUGCGACGGUGUUCUCAUCAUAUCAUUGGAUCGUGCACACCUGGUUUCACAUUGCUUGUGAUGGUAUCCCGAGUGUAUUAUUGCUUAUUGUGUCGAUGGUGCCUUGUGGUGUUUUGCCGAUCGUGUCUGCAUGAUGCCAUUAUUGCUUUUUGAUAGUGGUUUGAUGGAUCCUGAUUGUGUGUUCAUUGGUUUGCCGCCCUGUCCUGGUGCUGCUGCAAUGGUGUCCCGAUGGCGCUGUAAGCGUGCCUCGAUGUUGAUACGGUUCAUGCCGGACUUAUUUUCGGCAUCGGCAUUUGAUGGAGAGAGGUAUUCGAUAAGGUCUAGAUGUUGUCUUGAUUGUGUUACGGCGGAUUUGCUAUGAUGUCUUGAUCGCGUUUGGCUCGAUUGUGCUCUGAUGGUUCGCCACAGGUGCCUUGCUAGUAGUCUGAUGGCGUCGUGUAUUCCUGAGUUCAACCACCCCAACGCAAUUGGUUCAUUCAUAUGCUGCUGUGAGGAAUGCCCGUGUACCAUCUACGACCUGAACAUCUCAUCGUAAGCCUUGGAUGCUGCUGCAGAUUUUCCAUCAACUACCAGAAGCACUGCACACAGUAGGAUCUGCAGCCUUUACACAAGGGCGCCCUCGAGGGCCGCGAAGUUGGGAGCCCUUAUGUCUACGCUCCGUGCUGCGCACUCCGAGCCAGGACGAUGCCGUGGCUCGCCGGUGCCCUUCUACGCGGUGCGCUGGCAGGAGCUGUUGCCCAUGUGCCACUGGUGGACGCCUCGGGCUGCCCUGCGGCCAACGGCCACGACGAGGCCAGCUUGCUGGCUGUAGGUCCUUCGCUGCAUCGCAUGUGGCGGCCAGAUGGGGCCGGGGAUCCGGGGACGCUUGCGCCAGGGAGGGAAUCUCGAAGUGACGUCGGGGCGGACCCGUUGUUCGAAAGAUCAGUCGCCCAGUCGCAGAUGGCCGAAGUGCUAUUGGUGGAGCAAGCUGGGUCGGAGCCCAACGUCAGUUUCACUGGCGUCAAGAACAAGGAGACAGGGGAAGCAGUGGGGCCGAAUGAUUCGUUCGCCAUCGGGAGCUGCACGAAGAUGUUCACUGCGGUCGCUGUGAUGCAGUUGUCGGAGCAGGGGGCGCUGUAUCUGAGCUCGCCCGUCACAGACUACAUUCCGCUGGAGAUCGUAGACAACCUCACCAGUGGGAAUGCUCGUGGGUUGGAGAUCCGCCACUUGCUUGGCCACUGCUCGGGCAUGGGUGACUACCUCAAUUGGGGCAACGAUAGCACUGUUUUGAAGUUCUACGGCCCAUGGCGCGACGGGGCCGAGAACUACACCCCUGCAGACAUAUUUGAGAUCACGCAGCAGAAAUCAGCGCCGGCAUUCACCCUUCAGACUGCAGGCAUUGAUACAUACGACGAUUGCCCCUACGCGGCCUACAGCAAUACUGGCUACAUCAUGCUUGGCGUCAUCAUCGAACAAGCUUCUGGUCUGAGCUGGGAGGACUACGUGGCAUCAGAAAUUUUUGCACGCGUAAACAUGUCUGCAUCGUCAUUCCUUACCGAUGGGGCCCCAUCUGUCACAGGGUACGCCUAUGGCGUGUGGGAUGGGCCCGUCGGAAUGAUACCCAGUCUGGCAUGGAGCGCUGGCGAGAUCGUCUCGACGGCCCGGGACAUGGCCUCAUUCAUGCGAGGCGCCAUGGAAGGUGCAUUGUUCAAAUUCCCAGAGACUCUGCAACUCUGGCUCGACGCACCUCGUCACAAGUUCCAGUAUGUGUUCGAGUACGGCUAUGGCUUGAUGAGAAUUGACGUGGGCACGAUCGUGCCUGGUGCUGUGGGGGUGUUGGUCGGACACGGGGGACAAACAUUUGGCUUCCACAGUGGUGCCUUCUACGACCAAGUCUCUGGAACGGUCUACAUCUUGCUGCAGGACGAUUCGCAGCUAGACAUGCCAACGUUUCGCAUCGUGUCGAUGUGUGCAGAGAAGUCGCUGUAG